AGUCCCACAAAACUGUGCAGCAAAGAGAUUUUAGAAUUAUACGUUGGACAAGUUCAAAUAAUAUUUUCUGAGUCAUGUUAUAAGUGGUAAUUGUUGAUCAAAUAUAAAUAGUAUAUAAUAUAUAUGUAUGUAUCAUAUGUUUUUAUACUGAUGCAGAUUUGUUUGUAAUUAUAGUGUCAGAAAGUGACUUUGUUAAAACUAGUUAAUCUACAAAAUGGCAACAAGUUCUCAGUCUUCAGUUGAGCCCGGUUCUAAUGAAGUGAAGGACUAUAUUUGUAAUGCCUGUGAAGACCAGAAUACUGUUGAGACCAGUGCUGACUUCUAUUGUAAACAGUGUGAACGAUUUUAUUGUGGAAACUGUAUUCAUCUGCAUGGUAAAUUGUUCGCAAAACAUAAUUCUAUUGGAAGGGUUGAUAUAGAUAAAUGGCCAGUUUCAAAAAAGGUGGUGGAUUUUCUACAAACUUGUGAUGUUCAUAAGGAACAUAAAAUUGACCAAUUCUGCAAACUGCACAAACAGCUGUGCUGCCCUCAGUGUGUAUCUGAUCAACACAGCCAGUGCAGUAAAGUGACCCAGAUUUCGGAGCUGACCAACUCGCAGCCCACUGGCCUGGAGGGGAUGUCAGUGGAGCUGGAAACUGUCCUGGGGGAAAUUAAAACCCUGCAGAUCAGUCAGAAGGCCAGCAUUCAGUCAUUGCAGAAAACAUACAAGGAACAUAGUGCAGUUAUGAUAGAGCAAAUGCGUGGCAAUUUAAAUACUUAUAUAGAUGAAUGUGAUAAUAGUUCUGUGGGUACAUCAGGCGGAAAUGAGCAAUAUUUAAAAGAAGAGAUGUGUAGGAGUGUUCUCUCUAUCGUGAAUGAAUUUGAUAAUAUUACUGCGAAGGAACUUAACGAGAUGAAAGAUGAAGUUAUAAGCAUUAAAGGGUCAGUUACAAGUUCUAUUCAUAAAUGCACCACUCUUCACAAUGACUUGUCACAAUUCCAUGAACUUGUUCAGAAAAUUGGAGAUAAUAAGGAGCUCUGUCUUAUAGCCAGCAUAAAAUGUAAGCAUAUAAUACAGCAGGCAUUGACUCUGCUAGGAAAGUCAGGCAAGGCGUUUAACGUCCAGCGGAAGUCUGUGCACAAUGUGAGAAUACCAAGUGAUUCAUAUGAAUGUAAUAUCGCAGGCAUAUGUGUUCUGACUGAUAGGCAGGUGCUGGUUGCAGACUAUUUUAAUAAGAGAGUCAAGCUGCUGAACCAGCAGUACCAGGUGGUGAGUCACUGGGAUGUGAAAGCUGAGCCAUCUGACAUUUGUUUGAUCACACCCAGUGAGGUUGCAGUGGCUGUGAAUACUAGUAACAUACGUGAGGUCCAGUUUAUCACUGUCAACCAGGGAAAGCUUGUUUCUGGCAGGAAGUUUCAGUUACAACAUAAAUGUACAUGUAUUACCCAUCACCAAGGAAACCUUUUUGUCACCUCUGGUCAAGAACUGUACAAAUACUCACUGAAUGGCAAACUGAUCUGCAGACUCUACCAAGAUAGAUCAGCUGAUUUGACAGUAGACAAGUGUGCUGUGAGUCCCACAGGAGACAGGCUGUACAUCACCAGCUACAGGCAGGACAAGCUUCUCACCCUGGCCAGGGAUGGCACACUCCUGGCUACAUACACAGACCCAGCACUACGUGGCCCAUCUGGUCUACAUGUGACCCCUGCAGGCCAGGUGCUGGUCUGUGGAAGCAGGUCCCACACUGUACUACAGGUGGGCUGGGAGGGGAAGAGUAAGCUGACUACGCUGGCUACAUGGGAGGAUGGAGUGUGGUGCCCAGGGUCAGUCUGCUACAGCAGCACCACAUCAUCAAUCAUUGUGGGACUGUAUGGGGACAACAUCCUGGUGUUCAGAGUGGAAUAGUGUGUACAUUGGCUGCUGAGUCAGGACAACGAUGCUGAGGAUGUGGUGUACAAGGAUGACCUGAAUAUGCAGAAGGGCCUGUUUUGAAGAGGUAUACAAUAUAAGAGGAGAGCACCAGCAUUGGUAUCGAGUUGGCCCAGCAACAGUACCAGUCCAGCAUGCAGGAGAUCCAGUCAAGGACGACCCUUCCCCUCCCCUGACCCCUAACUCCUCACUUUUGACCUGCAGCCUCAAAGGAUCAGCAUCGUUGAACAAUUCUCUUCUCCAGGAAAUUCUCAGCUCUUCAAGUUUUCACGGGCUGUUCCCAACAAUCGCAAUGUCCUGGUCCAGUUUUCCUUACUCAAGCCUGAGUGAGCCCUAGUUUUGUUAAAUAUAAGUAGUAGAAAUGGUAACACUAACAGCCAGUGUUCUUGCUGUUGGACAUCACAAAGAAUAUCACAGAAUAAAAAGUUGAAUAACUUGUUCCAUUCAUUAUGGGACCAACAGAAAUUCAGCAAGAAAUAGGGCAAAAAAUCAAGGAACAAUUGAAGUGAUUAAUUUAGAAGUGUGAGCUUUUCAAAGUAGAUACUUCUGCUGUUGAUAGUUUUGACAGUAAUAGCGUUACGGACGCCUCGGUUUGUCCUCUGAGGCGUGUAAACUGUCCAAAGAGAAAAAGCUUCUGACGCUUUUGCUGACAAAGAAAGGCAGUAAUGACUUGGCUGUGAACACCCAGAGGACAAUACAUCCUUGGGGCAUGCCUCAGACGCAAAUUCUGCUCAAGAUUAUAAACAAGGUGCAAAAUGUGAAUAUGUCUAGCUGUGUUACGAGCACUUCCCACUCCGAGCCCAUAGGCCUCGUAUUGAAUCGAGGCUAGAGAAGGCAGUUGUGUUGUGUGGUCCAGUAUGCCCUUCUACUCUCAACCCGACGUUAAUCAGAACUCAAACUCAGCCCUUAGCAAUGUCAUCUCAGCUCCUUGAGCCUCAGGAGAGCACCAGCAUUGACUAUUGUGUUGGCCCAACAACAGCACCAGUUCGGCAUGCAUGAGCCCCAGUCCAGGACAACCCUUCCCCUACCCUGAUCCUUAUCUCCUCCCCCAAGACCUCCAGCCUCAAAUUCUGAACACAUCCAGUUUUCUUGCACUGUUCUCAUCAACCGCAAUGUCCAUGUCAAGUUAUCCACUGUAACGCCUGAGUAGUUUUGUUUAGCUUGAGUGUCCGAGUGGGAAGAGUGUUAUAGACACAAGGAGUUAUAUCAGUUGUUAUGGUAACGCUCAGUCAACAGUCAGUUCUUGCUGUUGGACAUCACUGCGAAUAUCACGACGAAUAAGAAGUUGAAUUACUUGUUUCAUUCGUUAUGGGACAAACACUAAGUCAGCGAGGAACGGGACAAAAAAUCAAGGAACAAUUGAAGCGAUUAAUGCAGAAGUGUAGGCUUUCCAAAGUAGAUACUUCUGCUGUUGAUAGUUAGGACAGUAGUAGUGUUACGAACCGUCUCGGUUUGUCCUCUCAGGCGUCUAAACUGUCCAAAGGGAACAUAAAGCUUUUGACGAUGUUGCUGAUGAAGAAAGGCAGUAAUAACUAGGCUGUGAACACCCAGAGCACAAUACAUUAAUGGGGCAUGCCUCAGACGCAAAUUGCGCCCAAGAUUGUAAACAAGAUGCAAAAUGUGAACAUGUCUAGCUUUGUUACGAGCACUUGGCACUCCAAGCCUAAAGGGUCUCGUAUUGAAUAGAGGCUAGAGAAAAAUGACAGCAGUUUUGUAAUGUCGUCCAGUACGCACUUCGACUCUCAACCGAGUGUGUCAGAACUCAAACUCGGGCCUUAGUAAUAUCAGCAAGUUGUAGAGACGCUAAAACGGAAACAAUUUGUUCCAACAGAUAGAACAGGCGUUGAUUGACUCGUCCGUAAAUGUGACUGGCCUUAAUAUGUUGUUCUCGAAUUAUGUGAACCUCACCAGGAGAGCUGUCUGCGAUUGACACCAUUCAACAACAGUUGUUGUCAGGAAUUCCCGGGUUUGGGUUGAUGACUUCGGUGUCGGGACUCGCUUCAUCUCUGCAUAUGGCACUGUUGCAGCAGCAGCAGCAGCAACAAGAACAGCAGCCGGUUCCUACAGGACCCGAUGCACUCAUAGAUUUGUAUGCAGUUGAAUAACAGGCUCUCUGGUCAGCUGGACCCGGACACCCAGGGACACUUCCUGGCCAAGUACCGUGGGGCAAAUGCUCAAUGAGUUCUUCCCGAAGGGUGCAGCGUCUCUAGACCUGGGGCUCCAAACUGUCUUACCCAGGGGCCAAGAUUACUUUAUCUGCAAGAGGCCUUAUACUCGCAGGUUCCCCAAAUACAACUCAGCCACAACAUCCUAAUCGGACAACUUGUCAAUCAACAUGGAACAGUACCCAGAAAAUCACGACCAGCUCAUGAACUGUGUAACUGCGCCAAGCGUGACCCUUCAGAGAAAGGGGCUUCCAUGCCGAAGGUCAAAUUGUGGCCGUUGUUCAGUGUCAAGCCGAAUCCUAGCAACCAAGCCACGUCAGCACAGCAGCAAAAACAGUUUCAGCAGCAGUCGUAUACUAAACAUCAACAACAGUGGUGCAUAUGCAUUAAACUACGAGAGUAAACAAGUUCACUGCGUAAUGUGGCAUCAAAGUCUGCAAGGAGAAACCAUGCAAUUGAGGAAGCCAAGAAACCAUGUGAUAAUUUCAAGCAGCUUACCUACUCUUGAAAAACGGAUAGCAAAGCAUUGAGAUUGUUCUGGAAGCAUUUGUAGUCACAGCUCAUUAAGCAUCCCCCUGAAGCAGGACCCUCAGUCUACGGACGCCAAUUGACGAAAUAAAACUUGUCAUUCAGCAACACAGCCAGUUGCAGCAGUUGUUACCAUAUUGACCCCAGUCAAAACUAGGAGCUCAGAGAUAACACAGCCAGUUGCAGCAGUUGUUACCGUAUGGACCCCAGUCAAAACAAGGAGCUCAGAGAUAAAUACUGUUUAAGAUAGAUAUUCUCUACAUUCCUCAUGGUCAGGCAACACAGCCAGUUGCAGCAGUUGUUACCAUAUUGACCCCAGUCAAAACUAGGAGCUCAGAGACAAUCAGCAAUACAGCCAGUUGCAGCAGUUGUUACCAUAUUGACCUCAGUCAAAACUAGGAGCUCAGAGACAAUCAGCAACACAGCCAGUUGCAGCAGUUGUUAACAAAUUGACCCCAGUCAAAACUAGGAGCUCAGAGACAAUCAGCAACACAGCCAGUUGCAGCAGUUGUUACCGUAUGACCCCAGUCAAAACUAGGAGCUCAGAGACAAUCAGCAACACAGCCAGUUGCAGCAGUUGUUACCGUAUGACCCCAGUCAAAACUAGGAGCUCAGAGACAAUCAGCAAAACUGCCAGUUGCAGCAGUUGUUACCAUAUUGACCCCAGUCAAAACUAGGAGCUCAGAGACAAUCAGCAACACAGCCAUUUGCAGCAGUUGUUACCAUAGUGACCCCAGUCAAAACUAGGAGCUCAGAGAUAAAUACUGUUUAAGAUAGAUAUUCUCUACAUUCCUCAUGGUCAGGCAACACAGCCAGUUGCAGCAGUUGUUACCGUAUUGACCCCAGUCAAAACUAGGAGCUCAGAGACAAUCAGCAAUACAGCCAGUUGCAGCAGUUGUUACAGUAUGACCCCAGUCAAAACUAGGAGCAGCAUUUGUUACCAUAUUGACCCCAGUCAAAACUAGGAGCUCAGAGACAAUCAGCCAACACAGCAAGUUGCAGCAGUUGUUACCAUAUUGACCCCAGUCAAAACUAGGAGCACAGAGACAAUCAGCAAUACAGCCAGUUGCAGCAGUUGUUACCAAAUUGACCCCAGUCAAAACUAGGAGCUCAGAAACAAUCAGCAACACAGCAAGUUGCAGCAGUUGUUACCAUAUUGACCCCAGUCAAAACUAGGAGCUCAGAGAUAGAUCAACACAGCCAGUUGCAGCAGUUGUUACCAUAUUGACCCUAGUCAAAACUAGGAGCAGCAGUUGUUACCAUAUUGACCCCAGUCAAAACUAGGAGCAGCAGUUGUUACCAUAUUGACCCCAGUCAAAACUAGGAGCUCAGAGAUAAAUACUGUUUAAGAUAGAUCAACACAGCCAGUUGCAGCAGUUGUUACCAUAUUGACCCCAGUCAAAACUAAGAGCUCCGAGAUAAAUGCUGUUUAAGAUAGAUAAACACAGCCAGUUGCAGCAGUUGUUACCAUAUUGACCCCCGUAAAAACUAGGAGCUCAGAGACAAUCAGCAACACAGCCAGUUGCAGCAGUUGUUACCAUAUUGACCCCAGUCAAAACUAGGAGCUCAGAGACAAUCAGCAACACAGCGAGUUGCAGCAGUUGUUACCGUAUGACCCCAGUCAAAACUAAGAGCUCAGAGACAAUCAGCAACACAGCCAGUUGCAGCAGUUGUUACCGUAUGACCCCAGUCAAAACUAGGAGCUCAGAGACAAUCAGCAACACUGCCAGUUGCAGCAGUUGUUACCGUAUGACCCCAGUCAAAACUAGGAGCUCAGAGACAAUCAGCAACACAGCCAGUUGCAGCAGUUGUUACCGUAUGACCCCAGUCAAAACUAGGAGCUCAGAGACAAUCAGCAACACAGCCAGUUGCAGCAGUUGUUACCGUAUGACCGCAGUCAAAACUAGGAGCUCAGAGACAAUCAGCAACACAGCCAGUUGCAGCAGUUGUUACCAUAUUGACCCCAGUCAAAACUAGGAGCUCAGAGACAAUCAGCAAUACAGCCAGUUGCAGCAGUUGUUACCAUAUUGACCCCAGUCAAAACUAGGAGCUCAGAGACAAUCAGCAACACAGCCAGUUGCAGCAGUUGUUAACAAAUUGACCCCAGUCAAAACUAGGAGCUCAGAGACAAUCAGCAACACAGCCAUUUGCAGCAGUUGUUACCAUAGUGACCCCAGUCAAAACUAGGAGCUCAGAGAUAAAUACUGUUUAAGAUAGAUAUUCUCUACAUUCCUCAUGGUAUGUUAAGCACAAACUCUGACAGAUCUCAUCUUUGAACUUUGUAACGGGCGAAAAAUAAAUGACCUUGUUCAGAAUGAAAUGGCAGAAUGACAAAGCACAACAAUUUAAGGGGAAACCAUAAAUUAAUGUGACCAGCAAAGAUGUGUUCAAAGCAGAACAAUAUGUCAUGUCUUUGGGGACUUUGAAUUUUGAUGGUGUCAUUCAUUAAACAUUGAAUAUUUUUGUUAAAUAUAGUUAAAUAUAAUGAUAUAAAGGUUAUUUGAUUAAGGCGUGUAUGUUAAUUAUUACUUUAAGCACAAAUAUAGCACGUCUAUCAAUUACUUAUGAAACUUGCACCUGAUAAUGAUAAAUGCAUGAAAAUUAAAUUGUACUUAAGACAUUAUUUCAUACGUUGAGCUUAAGAAAAUUGAAAGCUGUUUAAAUUAUGCUGGUAACAUUAUAUACAAAAUAUGUAUUGGAUUAUAUUCAUGUAAAAAACAAGUUUCAGUUUUCUGUUGUUACAUGCAAUAUAGAAGUAUUAUCAAGAAUCGUGUUAAGUAUGGCACUAUUCGAAAUGAAUAUUCAUUAAAUAAAGACAAAAUCAUUUAAUCUUCUUUCAAUUGUCAAUUCUGUAUGAACUACUACUACCUUAUUUAUUUGACUUGAUAUGGUUUGUUAAAUUAUAAGAUAAUGCCUCUUUACUUGGAAAGCUUUCAAUGUUUUGAAACUGAGUAUUUAAAAAUGAAUUAUUAAAAGAAUUAUGAAAAAUCAUGACUGAUGUCAAAGUUAUGUUUGAUUUUGCCAAUUUUGUGUUGAUAUUUAAUAUACAUGUACUUACAUGCUCAUAAGUGUUGACAUUUGUUUUUGAACAUAAUAGUUUUUUAUGUUUUAUAUCGUGUAUAUACACAUUACCAAGUCCAAAUUUUCAUCCUCUCAAUCACUCAGUAACUUUACCAACAAUAAAUGUUGGAUCUCUGUAUAUAGGUAAAUUGUGCAAUUGAUAUAUAGAGCAACUGCAACAAAUCAGUCAGUUACAAAUCAAGGCAGAGUGAUGUAAUAUGCUGGCAAUUGUUAAGUAGUGCAGUUGUCUCUUUUUGUUCUCAGGUUAGAGCAAUGUUGUUUGCUUCAAAAAUAAAAACACAGUCUCCCUUGUAAGAAAAUUAAUGUGUUCACAUCUCAACAUAACAAGUAAAUUCAUAGAGAAAAUCAAAUUAUUUACAUGAUAUACUCGACAAUUAGUCUAAUGGGAUUUGUAGAAUAAAAAAUAACAUGUAAUUAUGACGAUUAUAAGUGAAUGUUUGACACAAAAUGUCUGUUCAGAAAUGUGUAUAUUUUAAUGAUAAAUCUAUACAUUGUACUUGCUGUACUUUUUAUAGUAUAUUUUAUGAACGUGCAGCUGAUAAGUGAAUGUGACAAUUUACGAGUUAUGUUACAAUUUGUUACACGUUGACAUGGCCACAUAAGCUGUUAAUGGAGUGCAUUCACUGCGGCCAGUUUCCAGAAAUCUCCCAAUUAAAAAACACCAGAAAAUAUCUUAAGAUCAGAUAGUUUGGUUGUUGACAUUAGUUUUGAUUUAUUUAUUGAUUGUGUUAUGCCUUGUACUCUUAAUUUGUUAUCAAAUAUUUAAGUUUAUAUGACUUGAAGAGACUUACAUGUUUAUUUUAUUGAUGUGUUUGUGCGGAUUUCUUGCAUUCUGAUUAAAGAAUAUUCAAGUGGAAAAAUAAUAUUAUUAUGCAUUGAAAGUGUGUUGUGAUUUCAAAUAAAAAUACUAUGAAAAUAUAGUUCAGUCGUUUGAUUACAAAGUUAUUACAAAGGUGAUCAAUUGCUCAUCAAGUGUAGGUGUUUGCAUACGGACAUAAUAUGUCUGUGCUUUAUAUGUAUAUAAUGUAGAUCCCCAUUUACCAGAACAUAUUUUGAUGUGCUUAAAUGUGCUAAUAGCCUGAUGAAAUUCGUGUUGACUAUGCGUUUUACAUUUUGCCAUUUUUAUUUAAAAAAUGAAAAACAAAUGAAUUGUCAGUGUAAAUAAAUACUGUAUUGUUGUUCAAUCAGUUAAACUAU